AUGGUUGAUUUAGGUUCAAAUUUUUAUGUUCAAGCAAAAGUACCUGAUACUACUUAUAUUUAUGUUAACGUUGGAUUUGGAUUUCAUCCUCAACUAACAUUGGAUGAAGCAAUCGAAUUCAUUGAUAAAAAAGAAAAAACGUUACAAAGAAAAUCUGAAAAAUACACUGAUGAUAUAGCAAAAAUUAGUGCACAUAUCGCAAUGGUUCAUGAAGCCAUAGCUGAAAUUUUAUAUUUACAAAAAGGUGAAGAAAUACCAAAACGUGAUGACCUAUUUAUAUAG